AGAAAUAAAACUAGAAACUUCCGAAUUAUACCGCGAGUCUGUUAAUCGACUUUAACAUUGUGCGAUAAGGCCAGUUAAAAAGGUAAUUGAAUCGAGGACUUAUUCUCGACGUGGUAGCGAGGAGUUCCUUUGAGCAAUCGGCCGACCGACAGUAUAAUGGGGUCACACAUAUCAAAGAAAUCCACCACCUCUCAAAAAUUAAAAAUGUCAAAUGUAGAAAAUUGGUUAAAUGCAAUAAUCAAAGAAAAAGAGAAUAAACCUCACAUUGCUAACAUAAGCCAGCCUCCAACUUCAUCAUUAUCGGAAAUAAUAGAAUCAUCGGAAAAGUUUCCGAUAAAUUUCCCAAUUGAUACAAUACGAUGCAAGGUAUUACAGAAAACUGUUAAUGAAGAAAAUCUCAAUACAUAUAUAAAUUCGGCUUAUCCACUAAUUCAUGAAGCAACGCUUUAUUUAUAUCAAGCAUUUUUAAAUCAUAAGCGUCAAUAUGGAAACGAUAUCGAAAAGGAGCUUUAUUUAAAUAUGAACGUGGUGGAUUUGGUAGAAAGGUUUUUAAAAAAACGGGCGGUGUAUUUUGUUGGGCAACAAGAUAAAUGGAUGUUGAUUAAUAAAUCGCGAGGUUUUGGCAAUUUUGAAUCAGUUGGGACAACAAAUGAAAUUGGAGAAUUGGUUUUAGCUAAUUGCUUGAGUUAUGAUGAAAUAAAAUUAUCUGCUUUAAUGUCUAUUUCUUCCUAUACUUAUUUUAUCAACGAUGGUAAUCGAAUGAACGAUGGUAUUCCCUCGGAAGAUAAAAGUAACAUCGAAGAAAAUGGGGUUAUUAUUGGAUUAAUAGGACCUAGAUUAGAAAAAGAAAAUGUUAUGGAGUAUCAAGAUGUUGUUAUGGAUAUUAGACAAAACGUUGAAUCUAACGGUUAUGGAAAUAAUGGAGAAACAAGUACUGUAGGAUUUUUUUCAAAUUUUUAUAAGAAAGAAAAUCAAACGUACGAUGAGUUUUUAUCAAAUCAUGACCACGACGAUUUCAUCAAUAUAGAAAACGAUCAAUUUUUUGAUAAACUCACUUAUUCAAAGCGAUUGACUCUUAGCUUCGAUACACUCUUACUAGAAGCUAAUUCACGAGCUGAAAAACAGGAAAAAUCAUCCUACAUUCAUCUUGUUGGAAUAGGUUUAGGAGUUUGGGCUCAUACAGAAGAACAAACUCAAAUCUUCAUGGAUACAUUUAUCGAUAGAAUAAUGUUUCUUGGACAAUAUCUGAAAUCUGUUUCAGAUAUACAUUUUGCAUAUUUCCGUGGUAAAAGUGCUGGUGGAUACAAAAAUGGAGAUAAAAUAUCCAUUGAAAAUCAUCCAAAUGAAGGAAUCAAAAUAUUAAUUUCUAAAAGAGAACCACAUCAAAAAAUGAUUGACGAAAAUUUAGGAAAGUUACUUGUUGUGUCGUACGCUUGGGAUGGAAAUGCUUUCCCUGGAAAUGAAUUUUGGUAUGGAAGUCUUCAUGGAAGUGGAGAUCCAGCUGCUGCUGCUUCUACGCAAAUAGCCGAAAUUCAUAAUCCGUAUAUUAAUAAAGUUGUUUGUGGAGAAAAUUUACAUGUAGCUACUAAAAAUGGGAUGAAAAGAAUUGAUGAAUAUGUUAAAGAAAAAUUAUAAAAAUAUUUUAAUGAAUA